GCUGAACACAACCACCACAGUCGCGACAGAACUAAAACCAUUUGAAGAAGAAGAAGAAGACGACUCGGAUAAGAGAGAGAGAGAGAGAGAAAGGUCAAAUCGUCGAGAAAGCGAAGAUGGGUGGAGGUAUGGAAACGAACAAGAACAAGUUCAUCGAGGAUUGGGGAUCCGCUAGGGAGAACCUCGAGCACAAUUUCCGCUGGACCCGUCGCAACUUCGCUCUUAUCGGAAUCUUCGGCAUCGCUCUCCCUAUCAUUGUCUACAAGGGGAUCGUCAAAGAUUUCCAUAUGCAAGAUGAAGAUGCAGGCAGACCCCACAGAAAGUUCCUCUGAGGUUGCUUGCUAGAACACUCUCUGCAAUAAGUCUCAGCAAUGCGAAAUUCCAAGAUGAGGGUGCUAAGAGCCGCUUUUGAUUUACAUUUUAAUCAACAUCUGAAGAAUAUAAUUUCUUUUUUGGAAAAGUUUGUUGUAAUGACUACACUUGUUUGCAAAUAAUAAAACUCGAGUUUUCCCUUGAGUUUGACAUACU